UCGGAUCGAUACGCCCAUCCCGCAUAUGUCGAGCUCUUCUGCUGGAUCCUGCUCACCCGUGCGAUGCAGAGAGUGGUGUUCCUUUGCCUGUUCCACGUGUGUUUUGGAAUGUUCUCGUGGUCAUUUUGGAAAACACUGUCCACUACACCAUCUUCUCCUUCUGUGGAGUUUCAGCUCUCCUCUUCAGACUCGCUGCUCUAUGAGCAAGAAUGUGGCGGUAUGGAGAAGAGUCAGAUUCUUCUGGAAAUCUCCCGGAAGCUUCCAAUUCACACCCAAUUCACACCCGCAGCCCGAGCUAUCAGGUUCUGUCAUCACUGCCAAUUGAUAAAACCAGAUUGCUGCCAUCACUGUUCUGUCUGCCAAAUGUGUGUACUAAAGAUGGAUCAUCAUUGCCCAUGGCUGAAUAACUGUAUUGGAUUCUACAACUAUAAGUUCUUCAUGCUCUUCCUGCUCUACUCACUUCUAUACUGCCUCCUCAUCGUCACAACGGUUACACCAACCUUCAUCCAACUGUGGCUGUAUAAUGUGUUCUUACUAAUGCAGUAA